ACAGAACGAGGACGUCCAUUUCUGAUGACGUCACGAGCGACUUUUUUCCCUUCACUUUUUCAAGUGUGCUGUAGUGUCCAUACAGAUGAAGUCAAUUCAGGUGUCUUUUGCUCUAUCUGUUGGUCGUGUUAAAGAUGGAAGCCGAAGGCUCAUUUAUAAGUUCGACGAUGAUAAUGUAUGAGGACGAAUCUGUGGAUAUUCACUAUGAAAAUGGGGCACAGUUACAACUUUCGCCGUGUGGGAGCGAAUUUAUGUUGGUGAAAGGCUCAGUCGCCAUUAAUGGACAUACACUUGAGACUCCCGUGAGAGUUCGACAGAGGACGCGGUUCACGAUCAGUGCUUAUAAAAAGUUCGUCAUUGCUGCAUUGAUAUUCAGGAAUAAGUAUGCUAGUCAGCCAUAUCUGCCAAAGGAACUUACCGCUCCUGGUCACAAAAAGCCUUUGAGAAGUAUUAACUUGGAAGUGCUGUGGCCUAGCUUGUCCUCCAGCGAGGCUGCGAUUGGACCUGAAAGUGAGACCAUCAUCAAAUCAGAGGACAAAAGCACUGUUCUGACACUGGCAGCCUCGGGUGAAGAGUUCUUUGUGGAGUAUGCAUGCCGAUUUAGCGAAAAUCGCCAUCAACAACCACAAAAUUUAGACAGAGACCUCGAAUGCAUCCAAGACAAUCAACAGCAGCGUGAAAGUAGCUUGACUUAUUUGACUGCAGAAUACCUACAGAGCCCCAUUAAUGACAUCCAAAAGGUUGAUCAGGCGGGAAGAAAAAUAUCAUGUUCUCCUCAAAUGAUCAUUGAUGAGGCCAAGCCAGAGGAGAAGUACCAGUCUGUCACAGUAGUCCAGCACCACUCCUGUCAUAGAAUUGCACCAUCUUGGUGCUACCCUCUCUCCUUGGCUCGCCAUCACUGGACAGCGCGUGUGUCCAUACUUGGUGAUUCUGAAGAAGACCAAACCAGAAGUUCAAAGACUGGGCAAAUUCUGAAUAGAACAGACUUGGCUAUUGAAGAAAGAAGGUUUCUCCUCCCACAAGCACUGCCUCUGAUCUGCCCGUCACCUCACCUUCACAGUUGGAAGUAUCCAGAUCCAAUCACACAAAAUCAACCAGAUCAAAACUCUCUAACAGAACUGGUGAAAGUCCUGUGGCACCAAGGGGUGACAUACAGGAUACUAGACGAUGAUGUCCCACUCAUAGAAGUUUCUCUUGGGGAUGGAUCUGUCAUCCGAUCUAAAGGAGUCCUCAGCUUGUACUUUACUCAUUAUAAGCCUCAAUGCCGAUCUACCGAAACCAAUGUAAAAGAGGUAACGUAUCACAUCAAUGGUCUUCCACCUGACAUACCCGGACAGUUGUAUUCCAUUUCCUCUAUUGUGAGUCGUGCAAGCAGUCUUCUUACCAGAUACAAAGAGGCCAAAAAAAUAAGACUCAUUGAUACACCAAGCUGCUUCAUACAGCACAACAUAUUCUUCCAAUCAACAAUAUUCCAUGGAAACCUGUCCAAUCCCUCAAAUCUGGGCCUGAAUGAAAAUUAUAAAGAGACAAUAGAAAGUUGGAAGAAAGGCUCUGCACAAAAUGGUGUGGCAGAAAUCUCUCAUGAGACAGUGAUGGAAGCCUGCAUUUCAGAAUCUCUUCAGAGAACGGCCAAAGCCAUACAGGAUAUCGAUAUAUUCAUAAAAGCAGCUAGUAAGACCUGAAGAAGGAUUACAUAUUUUGAUUGCUAGGAAUUGAUUUUUUUUUUGUGUGUUUUUGUUUUUUAUAUGACUCGCAUAAACAAAAUAAAGUACUUUAUAUGCUCUA